AUGGACUCGCGGAACGCUCUCUUCGGCAGGGGACCUCGCGCCGGGCUGCCUGGUCGGCAAGUGCAAGGCGGAAACCCAGCGGGUUAUAAUCAGGCUCCCCCGCCGCCCCCUCGAGACUACGGCGGUCCCGGGGACUACAACUCACAAGGUGGCGGCUACGGCGCUCCAUCGCCUGGAUACGGUGCACCACCACCAUCUCGCCAGCCGCAGAGAAUGUCUGGUGGUGGCGGUGCUGGCUACGGCGGCGCCCCAAGUCGUGCUAUCCCUCUCGGCAUCGAGAAGCUACCCAACGGGCAUGAAUUCAUUUUCCGCAAUUUGUCGGCAGUAUCGCCCAACGAUUUUCAGUCACGCGAUGGCGGUGAUGUCUAUGUCUUGUUACGAGGGCCGUCACUUCAGGGCGAAUAUGUCGUCACGGCUCGACCGCUUCCGGGCUUUCCGAGCGGGAGAAUCAGUCUGGCGGAACAUCAGAGAUCGUGGUGCGGCAUCGCGAUGCAAGACCAGUUCACUGGAGAGGUGUACGACCCCUUUGCAAACAGCAAAAAGGCUUACCUAGGCACCCUCGACCUCGAGGUUGGCUUUGCACGGUCGAAGGUGACCGAGACUCCUUACGAUCAGGAUAAGCUCUCUGAAGAAAUUGCCAAGCUUUUUGGAAACCAGAUGUUCUCUCCCGGUCAAAGGUUCCUAAUGGAUGUGCAAAGCAUUCCAUUGGCUUUUACUGUCAAGACGGUCCAGCUUGUGGACUUAAGCAUGGAAAAGGGAGGCACCUCGGACGCUCCCUCUACCAGCGACAGAAGCGCCCGGGGAAUCCUUACCAACGUCACUACCAUCAACUUCUUCAAAGACGCAAAGUCCCCAAUCAAGCUGAAGGGGUCGGCAAGGAGACCGGCUACCAAUGCCAUUCUCCGACCUGACUUCAAGUUUGAGAAUAUGGGCAUUGGAGGACUCGACGAGGAAUUCUCCACUAUCUUCCGAAGAGCGUUCUCCUCACGUCUUCUUCCUAGUGGCCUCGUCGACCAGAUGGGUAUUCCUCAUGUGAAGGGCAUGCUGCUCUUCGGCCCUCCAGGAACCGGAAAAACCUUGAUUGCCAGGCAAAUCGGAAAGAUGCUCAAUGCCCGGGAGCCUAAAAUUAUCAAUGGCCCCGAGAUCUUGAACAAGUUCGUUGGUCAGUCAGAGGAGAAUGUUCGCAAGAUGUUCGCAGAUGCCGAAAAGGAAUACAAGGAGAAGGGCGAAGAGAGUGGACUUCACAUCAUCAUCUUUGACGAGUUGGACGCUGUCUGCAAACAGAGAGGCAGUGGAGGAGGUGGUGGCACUGGUGUUGGAGACAGUGUUGUCAACCAACUUCUGACCAAGCUAGACGGUGUUGAACAACUCAACAACAUCCUGCUUAUCGGUAUGACCAACCGGAAAGAUAUGAUUGACGAUGCUUUACUUCGUCCUGGUCGUCUCGAGGUCCAUGUUGAGAUUUCGCUUCCUGAUGAAAAUGGCCGUCAACAGAUCUUUAAAAUCCACACGGCCAAGAUGCGGGAAAACGGUCGCCUAGAAAGCAAUGUCGACAUCAGAGAACUUGCGGCCCGAACGAAGAACUUUUCUGGCGCCGAGAUCAAUGGCCUCGUCAAAGCCGCUUCUUCAUAUGCCUUCACCCGCCAGGUUAAGAUUGGGGAGCUCUCUAAUCCUCAGGUGAACUAUGAUGACAUCAAAGUGGGACAAGAAGACUUCCUCCUCGCCCUGGAAGAUGUUAAGCCGGCCUUUGGUGUUUCGGAAGAAGAGCUCGAGUCCGCGCUCCCUCUCGGCAUCAUUCCGUUCAGUCAUCAUAUCAACCGAAUACGUUCCGACGGUCAAUUCUUUGCCAAACAGGUCGCCACCUCGGCGAACCAAAGGCUCUUCUCAGUACUUCUCCACGGCCCUAGGGGCUCAGGGAAAACGGCUUUGGCUGCUGAUAUUGGCAUCAACUCUGGUUUCCCCUUCGUGAAACUAGCCAGUGCCAAGCACAUGCUUGGAAUGAGCGAGCAAGGCAAGAUUGAUUACCUACGGAAAGUCUUCAGCGAUGCCUACAAAUCCCCAACGAGUAUUGUCAUCCUUGAUGGAAUCGAGAAAAUGAUCGAAUGGACACCGGUCGGACCGCGAUUCCAGAGCGGUGUCAUGACUGCAAUUAGCGUCAUGAUGAAAGCGGAACCUCCCAAGGGACGACGCCUCCUCGUUCUGGGCACAACGUCUCGUCGCAGUAUUUUCCAGCAACUUGACGUUCUUGAAUUCGACCGUGAGCUGGCUGUUCCUGCCGUGAAGGAUGUGACAGAGCUUAAAGCGCUGCUUGCAGCCAGAGGUUACCAGCAGCAGGAUGUCAACGAGGCUGGGUACGAGGUUGAAACUCUUAUCGGCUCAACUGAAGUCGGGCUUGGCGUUGCUCAGGUCCUGUCUGCCCUAGAAACGGCGGAGGCGAAGAGUGCUCAGGAUGAUCGACCCAUUGGGCAAAUUUUCGCUGGGGAGCUUUCAGAAAUCAUGACCACCAUGUAA